AUGCCCAGCGGAAACAACACCACCUCUGGCACCAGAGCCCCGGCGGCUCCGACAAGCUCUAGCGCCAGGCCCCCGGCGGCUCCAGCAAGCUCUAGCACCAGGGCCCCGGCGCCUCCCGCGAGCUCUAAUACUAGGGCCCCGGCAGCUCCGGCAUCCUCGAAUACGAGGGCCCCCGCGGCCCCGGCAAACCGUAGCACAGGAGCCCCGGCGGCUUCGGCGGCUCCGGCGGCCUCGUCAGCUUCAGCAGCCUCGUCAGGCGCACCUCCCCCACCGGAGCCCCUAAGUCCCGAGCUUGAUAGGGAGGAGAAGAAUAAAGAUUCCAGGCGAGAAAAACACUUUCUCAAGGCGCUCAGCGCCGGCAACACCGAAUACACAUAUCUCAUCGCCUUCGACCAGUCCACUCUUGCCAUGAAGUCGGAACUGGACAGGGAGCUCGGCCUAGACGCGCAGCACGCACUCAAGCCGUUCAGCGUGACCCGAGUGGCAGCCUCGUACGAGGCUCUUCCCGAGGGCCGCGACGAUCUUGGCACCGUCCACGUCGCGCAGGUUAGCGGCGUCCAGGUGGAGAAACUUGAGGAAAAGUUUAAAUUCUCAAGGAUUUUGGUCCAGAUCCAGGACCUGCAACGCUUCGCCUCGAAGCUUGUCCCGACCGACUCGUCCGCUCAUGGUCAGGCUCCUCCCGCGGCUCAGCAGGCCGCCGCCGCUCCUACCCCUGCGCACCCGUCCGGUCCUCCCGGCAGCUCUACUCCGCAUCGCCAACCGGCGAACUCGUCCACCCCCGCCGCCGCCCCCGCUCAGCACCGGCAAGCUGGCGGGACGCCUGCUCCCGCGGCUGCGAGGGGCUCUUCUGGUAGGCCUGGUGCUGCUGUUGCUGGACAACAGCAGCAGCGUUAG